CAUGAACAAUAUUCGCCAAGUCCAAGCGCUGAACAAGCGCGAGCUAGAGCAUGCCGUUCCCCCGGAAGCUUCCUGGCACGCGGAUUAUCGAGACACAGCCUACAUCUACAUCGGCGGCCUUCCCUUCGAUCUCUCAGAAGGUGACAUCGUUACCAUAUUCUCGCAGUAUGGUGAGCCGGUACACAUAAACCUAGUACGCGACAAAGAAACGGGGAAGAGCCGAGGGUUUGCUUUUCUCAAAUAUGAAGACCAGCGGAGUACCGACCUCGCAGUUGACAACUUGGGUGGAGCGACGGUUCUCGGCAGGGUACUACGUGUGGACCAUACGAGAUACAAAAAGCGCGACGAAGAUGAGGAUACAAAUAAUGUUGCCAAGUUAUUGGGCGAGACGGCUGGUAAAGAGGCUGACGGCGAUACGGACGAUGAGGGAAGAAGACGAAAGAGAGGACAUAGCGGAGAGAGGGACCAACCCAGGCGCCAACUUCUAAAAGAGGAGAUUGAAUUAGAGGAGCUGAUAAGGAAUCAUGACGAUGAGGACCCUAUGAAGGAAUAUCUCAUUGAGGAGAAGAAAGAAGAAGUGGCCCGAGCUCUGGAGAAAGAAGCAAGAAAAGAGAGAUCUUCGCGACGGCGCGAGUCUAGCCGAGAGAGACCAAGUCGUCAUUCCCGACACCAUCACCGCCACCGCCGACAUAACGAUGAUAGAUCGCGUUCCAGAGAAAGAAGCAGCCGCGACUACAGAGAGCGAAGCCGACGAGAUAGGUCUUACAGGGACAAAUCUCCGGAACGCUCUCGAUCCCCUGCGCCCCGCCAUGACCGAGAUAGACAUGAUCGUCGUCGGUAAGAGUGAACAUGACAAGCCAAGCGAAUAAUAGGACUGCUGCGUGCGGAAUAUGUUGCCGAACUCAUUGGCGUUCAGACCCGAUAUCUACUGCCGGACUUUAGGGCUGGAGCUAGACUGAUAGUAGAACCAGUACGGCCGCCCGUAUUCUCAGUCUCGCACGUUGUUGAGAAUGACUGCUCACUUG